AAAAUUACAAGGGAAAUUAUCAUUUUACCCCUGUCCACCUCCAAAUCUUUUGUUUUGCUUUCCUCUUUUAUUUAUUUAUGUUCCGACUCUCUUUCUCACUGGAUCUCAAAAAGCAAAAAUAUUGUUGGAUUUGAGUUUUUGAGAGAAACCCAACAAUGGCGGCCUUUAUCAGGCUCGACGAUUCCCCUAUGUUUCAGAAUCAGGUUUGUUCUAUAGAGCAGUCAGCUGAUGAGUUGAAAGAUCGCUGCCAGAAAUUAUUUAAAGGCUGUAAGAAGUUUAUGGCAGCUCUUGGAGAAGCAUACAAUGGUGAUACUGUGUUUGCUGAGUCUCUGGAAGCAUUUGGAGGAGGAACUGAUGAUCCUGUCAGCGUAUCUAUAGGAGGUCCUGUGAUGUCCAAAUUCAUUUCUGCAUUUCAUGAGCUUGCUACUUACAAAGAGCUUCUUCGUUCUCAAGUUGAGCAUGUUUUAAUCGACCGUUUGACGAAUUUUAUGACAGUAGAUCUGCAAGAAGCAAAGGAAUCCCGACGACGCUUUGAUAAAUCUAUACAUGUUUAUGACCAGGCACGAGAAAGGUUUGUAUCAUUAAAGAAGAACACUCGGGAUGAUGUUGUUGCUGAACUAGAGGAGGAUCUAGAAAAUUCCAAAUCAGAAUUUGAGAAAAGCCGCUUCAAUCUAGUAAAUUCAUUAAUGAAUAUUGAAGCGAAGAAGAAAUACGAAUUCUUGGAAUCUGUUAGUGCAAUUAUGGAUGCCCACCUUAGAUAUUUUAAGCUGGGUUAUGACUUAUUGAGCCAAAUGGAACCAUAUAUUCAUCAGGUAUUGACAUAUGCGCAACAAUCUAAAGAACAGGCAAAAGUGGAACAAGAUAAACUUGCCAAAAGAAUUCAGGAAUUCAGGACACAAGCUGAGCUGGACACUUUACGAGCAUCCAGUAACAUAGAACCUUCCACACCUCUUGAUGGCAUUCGUGUUAUUGGCAUGGACUCUUACAAAAGUAUAGAGGCAGUUGUGCCGUCCAACGCAAAUGGGGAGGUCCUGACGAUAAAGCAAGGCUAUCUGUUGAAGCGUUCCUCUAGUCUAAGGGGAGACUGGAAGAGGAGAUUCUUUGUACUUAACAGUCAAGGAACUCUAUUUUAUUACAGAAUUAAGGGUACAAAACCUUUGGGCUCCCAUUCACACCAUUAUACUCGUUCAGCUGAACCUACCAGCGGUAUGUUUGGUAGAUUCCGCUCAAAGCACAACAGAGCAGCCUCACUCAAUGAAGAUGUUCUGGGCUGUCGUACAGUUGAUCUACGUACCUCAACAAUAAAGAUAGAUGCAGAUGAUUCAGAUCUACGUCUUUGCUUUAGAAUAAUAUCUCCCGUGAAAACUUACACAUUACAGGCUGAAAAUGAUGCAGAUAGAAUGGACUGGAUAAACAAAAUAACAGGAGCUAUUUCGUCUCUUUUGAAUUCACAGAUUUUUGACCAGCCGAGACAUGUUGCCACAAUUCUUGAGAAUAAUAAGUCAUCAGCUCGUGGUGCUUCAUGUGAUGUUCAAACAUUAGGAGGCCAUCAAAACUUGGAGGAUGACAUAAACUCAAACAGAAUAGAGUGCGUCUCUAGUAUUCUUAGAGCAGUCCCUGGAAAUGAUCUUUGUGCAGAGUGCAGUGCUCCUGAGCCUGACUGGGCUUCUCUUAAUCUUGGUGUAUUAUUAUGCAUUGAGUGCUCUGGCGUUCACCGAAAUUUCGGAGUUCAUAUUUCAAAGGUGAGAUCUCUAAAACUAGACGUCAAGGUUUGGGAACCUACUAUCUUGGAUUUAUUUCGCAACUUGGGUAACACUUAUUGCAACUCUAUAUGGGAGGGAUUGCUCCAGCUUGAGAAUGCACAAACGGAUGACUCAAAUGCUCUGAUCACAUCCAUUUCAAAACCAUGCCCCAAGGAUGCCUUUCACCUGAAGGAAAAAUUUAUUCAAGCUAAGUAUGUAGAGAAAUUAAUGGUGAUUAGAGAUGAAUCCGUUGCUGAAAUGCCUGCUGCUCGUGCCUCAAGAAUCUGGGAAUCAGUUAAGAGUAAUAACUUAAAAGAAGUCUACAGACUCAUUGUGAUGUCAGACAUGAAUAUCACAAAUACUACAUUUGAUGAUGUGUUUCCUGUUGAUUUACAUCACCAUGUCGGUGCACAAGAAACCGAGUUAGGAGGUAAGACAACUAAAAAGAAACACGUUGAUCCAGGAACCUGUGAUAGAAUGAAGGACUCCAACGAGCCAGGGAACUGUCUUCAAGGUUGUUCACUAUUGCAUUUGGCCUGCCAUUGUGAGAAUCUGCUUAUGAUUGAAUUAUUAUUGCAAUUUGGUGCCAACAUAAAUCUGCGGGACUUCCACGGAAGAACUCCUUUGCAUCACUGCGUGGCCAGUGGGAAAAAUUCUUUGGCAAAGUUUCUCCUUAAAAGAGGAGCCCGACCAUCGAUCAAAGAUGGCGGUGGCCUAAGUUCCCUAGAAAGAGCAAUGGAGAUGGGAGCUAUAACAGAUGAACAAUUAUUUAUACUGCUUGCUGAAUGUGGAUGAACACUCAAGUCUCUUGACUUUUGUCUACUUUCAGUUAUCCUUGCCUUACACUAAUACCGACAAGUGACAACCAGAAAUUCCCUCUUAUUUUCUAUUUAAAUUUGAGUCAGAAAAAUUGGGAUAUUGUAAUCUAUAUUUACCUGAAAUUCAAUGUGUGUUUUUCUUUCAUUUUUUUUUUGGUUGUUGUAAAGCUUACAAUAAUUUAAUUUGAUGUUUUCAUGAAUAUUUAUAAUUUCAAUUGCAAUGAAAUAAACAGUUUACUUGAUUUA